CCGCCUCCAUUUAAGGCUGGGAAAGCGGCGGCGGGCGGCAGUUGCUGUGGUUUCUGUCUUUAGGUGGCCUUGUGGGAGCCUACGCUAGCUGACCUAAAGUCUCGCGUUCGGUGGCUGCAGGUCCGCAGGUCGGAAGUUCAGCGUCCCUUCUUUGUUCAGGGCCGGCCCCUGCUUUGCCUUCGCCACUCUCUCGUAUCUCCCGGGCCUAGGCCGGCUCCGGGGCGGCUGCGGAGAAGGCCGCCGGCGAAAUGUUCAAAAACACGUUCCAGAGCGGCUUCCUCUCCAUCCUCUACAGCAUCGGCAGCAAACCCCUGCAGAUCUGGGACAAAAAGGUGCGGAAUGGCCACAUCAAAAGAAUCACUGAUAAUGACAUCCAAUCCUUGGUGCUAGAGAUUGAAGGGACAAAUGUCAGUACCACAUAUAUCACAUGUCCUGCAGACCCUAAGAAGACACUGGGAAUUAAACUUCCUUUCCUUGUCAUGAUUAUCAAAAACCUGAAGAAAUAUUUUACCUUUGAAGUACAAGUACUAGAUGACAAGAAUGUGCGUCGGCGGUUUCGGGCAAGUAACUACCAGAGUACUACCCGUGUCAAGCCCUUCAUCUGUACCAUGCCCAUGCGGCUGGACGAUGGCUGGAACCAGAUUCAGUUCAACUUAUCUGACUUCACCCGUCGGGCCUAUGGCACAAAUUACAUCGAGACCUUAAGAGUGCAGAUCCACGCAAACUGUCGCAUCCGACGGGUGUACUUCUCAGACAGGCUUUACUCAGAAGAUGAGCUGCCAGCAGAGUUCAAACUGUAUCUCCCAGUUCAGAACAAGGCGAAGCAAUAAUUGGAAUACAACUCAAGGGCUAGACCCUGGACAUGAUUCUUGGCUUAAAAAGGAAACAUUCUGGAGGACAAUUGCGAAGCCAUCUCAAUUAAUUCACCGUGCUAUGGUCAGCUUGUUGUGGACACCAGCGACCAUGCGUUAACUCCAUCACUGAUCGCACUGUAAGUCCAGUGGGGUCAGCAGUGCUUUGAUCAAGAACUGCUGGAGCUUCUCCUGCUUCCUGCCCCAGUGUGCAGGGAGAUGCUCUUACCAUGAACUUAAAGAAUUAAAGAUGUCCUAGUGGCAAUUUCAGACCAAUAUUUCUUCCUACAGUUUAUUCUUGUUUUAUAUAUUAUCUAAACAUAUGUAUAUGUGGUAUAAUACUCAUAAUCUGGAAAUGAAUAAAAUGUUAUAUUCUUGGUU